GUGCCAUUUCACACAGACACUCACUUUGUGAGUGCUGCCCUUAAAAUUAGUAUACGUACAAGCGUCUUUGCUCUUAUUUUGGACAAGUUCAGGGCGAGUGUGACAGCAAAUAUGAGUUCGGAUAACAACUAUAAAAGCCCCAUUUCGGGCAUGGAUAAAUACGGCGAACCACGAAUGAGACUAGCCGUUUUACUUCGCGAUAAAAUUUUGAAUAAACUCGACAUGCCAUGGACAAUUGAGAAUGGCACGUUGCUUGGCGCUUGGCGAAAUGGUGGCUUCAUAUUACACGAUGACGAUUUCGACAUCGCAAUGUUUUCCGAUAACGACCCAAAACCCCUAAUUCCUUUCAUGUUGAGAAAGAUCAACCAGCUGCUGCCUGCUCCGUACGAAGCGAGAUACGUUUCCACGUAUGCGGAUAAGAUCGAAGUUUACGAUCCGAGUUAUGGAGAAUACAAUCUACUUGCGCCAAAAUACAACGGGGCUGCAUAUCAUCAUUGCACAGUUGAUUUACAGUUCUACCAACGUGUCGGAGAGAAAUAUGUACCACUCUACUACAUAGAUGCAAAUGUGAAAUCAGUCUUCUGCAAGGACAUGUAUCCGUUGAGCAGUAUUCAACUCGAAGGGGAAAUGUUCCAAGCGCCAUUUAACACCGAAGGAUUCCUGACAAGCUUGUAUGGAAGUCUGUCGCCGAAAGCGAAAUUCAAUCCGAAAACCGGUUUUUACGAAGUAUGGGAGGACACUAUGAACAGUCAAAUAUUGUUGUCUUCUUGAGAAUGGAUAUGUGCUAUCUGACUGAUAAUUGUUUGAAAACGUUACUUUUGCCCACAAGCGGCCCAAUCUCCGAAUGGUGUAUAAAACUAUAUAUUUUCAAUAUUUAUACGCAAUAUUUAUACGUUAUAAUAUUUAAUGAAAUAAUUCAAACCGUAUCAACAAUAUAUGUAAAAAAUAUAUCUAACUUCGAUGCAAUGGAAGUGUUGAUUAAAUAUUGCACCAAUUCCUUUCCUCAAGUUGAUCAGUGGACCAUUUGCAUUAUAGACUAAAUUUUGGUCUUGACAAAAAUUUCAUCACAGCUUGAAAGAGCAUCACAAAAUUAGUAAUAUUCCAAAGUUUCGUUGCGAAAUGUUGUAAAAUGCGG